AAACUAUUCAAUGCCGCUGCAACGAACGGAAUAGAACGGAACACAGAUCGGAAAAGAGAACCCUAAUUUCUGAGGAUUGAGAGACAGACAUGGCUGCGGAGUUAGGGCAACAGACGGUGGAGCUGUCGACCCUGGUUUCCCGAGCUGCCCAAGAUUCAUACAGCAACCUGAAAGAACUGGUUGAGAAAUGCAGGUCCACCGAAUUGUCCGAUACAGACAAGAAGAUCAGUAUCCUCAAGUUCCUCAGCAAGACCCAGCAGCGCAUGAUCCGCCUCAAUGUGCUCUCCAAGUGGUGCCAACAGGUUCCUUUGAUAAAGCACUACCAGCAGCUGGCUUCGACUGUUUCAAAUCACGAUAUGUGUUUUACUCAAGCUGCGGAUUCUUUGUUUUUUAUGCACGAGGGGCUUCAGCAAGCCCGUGCUCCGGUUUCUGAUGUGCCCUCUGCCAUUGACAUUCUCUUAACGGGGAGUUACCAGCGGUUGCCUAAAUGUAUAGAGGAUGUUGGUACUCAGUAUACCUUGAAUGAAGAACAGCAAAAGCCUGCUUUGAAGAAGCUGGACGCGCUUGUGCGGUCGAAAUUGCUAGAAGUUUCUCUUACGAAGGAAAUUUCCGAGAUAAAAGUUUCCGAUGGUACGGCAUUGAUUAAGGUGGAUGGAGAGUUUAAGGUUUUAGUGACUCUUGGUUACAGGGGAAACUUGUCCAUGUGGAGGAUAUUACAUUUGGAGCUACUUGUUGGUGAGAAGAAUAAACCUAUCAAACUGAAAUUAAUGCGGCGCCAUGUUCUCGGGGAUGAUCUAGAGAGACGAAUGGCUGCGGCAGAAAAUCCAUUUUCAAUAUUGUACUCGGUUCUUCACGAUCUAUGUGUUUCACUUGUCAUGGAUACUGUCAUCAGGCAAGUGCAAGCUCUUCGACAGGGAAGAUGGAAAGAUGCAAUUCGAUUUGAGCUCAUAUCCGAGGGUGGAAUGGGUCAUGCGGCAGGUUCCAGUUCCAUGCAGAACCCUGACGGGGAAUCUGAUUCAUCCGGUCCUCGAACUCCUGGUUUAAAAAUCAUAUACUGGCUGGAGUUCGAUAAAAAUGCUGGCAUGUCUGACUCAGGUGCAUGCCCAUUCAUAAAAAUUGAACCUGGGCCAGAUCUUCAGAUAAAGUGCAUACACAGCAAUUUUGUCAUAGAUCCACUAACAGGCAAGGAGGCAGAGUUUUUCUUGGACCAGAAUUGUAUUGAUGUUGAGAGGUUGCUGUUAAGAGCUAUUAGCUGCAACCGGUAUACUCGUCUACUGGAAAUUAAAAGAGAACUGGGAAAAAAUAACCACGUCUGUCGAGCAGCAGAUGAUGUUGUAUUCCAGUCUCACUUGGGUGGACCUGAUGUUGAAUAUAAACAGAAGGAUGAUAAAUGCUUCAGCAAGGAAUCUGAAGGGUAUGAGGUGUUGCGUGUGCGUGCCUAUGCCUCAUGUUUUUUUACUCUUGGAGUUAAUAUUAGAUUAUAA